AUGAAUGGGGCUCCAGGAGAUUUCCAAAAGUAUGCAAGAGCAUUUCAACAACAAUUAGCUAAAAGAGGAGGUCGUAACACCGGAAGAGGUGGUGUCGGUGGCGGACCCAAAGGUGCACUUGCCGGACUGGGUGGGUUAAUCCUACUAGGUGGUGGUGCGUUGUUUCUAAACUCGUCACUAUUCAAUGUGGAUGGUGGUCACCGUGCGAUCGUAUAUUCACGUAUUAGUGGUGUUUCUCCCAAGAUUUAUCCUGAAGGUACACAUUUCAUUAUCCCUUGGAUUGAAACGCCUAUUAUCUAUGAUGUGAGAGCUAAACCUCGUAAUGUGGCAUCAUUGACAGGGACCAAAGAUCUUCAAAUGGUUAAUAUUACAUGUAGAGUGCUUUCUAGACCAAAUGUGGAGAAUUUGCCCAAUAUCUACAGAACUCUAGGUCAGGAUUAUGAUGAAAGAGUGUUGCCCUCCAUUGUUAAUGAAGUGUUGAAAUCAGUAGUAGCACAAUUCAAUGCAUCUCAACUGAUUACUCAAAGAGAAAAAGUUUCUAAAUUGAUUAGAGAAAAUUUAAUGGGUCGUUCCAGUAGAUUUAAUAUAUUAUUAGAUGAUGUUUCCAUUACGUUUAUGACAUUUUCACCUGAGUUCACUAAUGCGGUAGAGGCUAAACAAAUUGCUCAGCAAGAUGCACAAAGAGCAGCAUUUGUGGUUGAUAAGGCAAGACAAGAAAAGCAAGGAAUGGUUGUUAGAGCUCAAGGUGAAGCCAAAUCUGCAGAAUUGAUUGGUGAGGCCAUUAAGAAAUCGAAGGAUUAUGUGGAAUUGAAAAGGUUGGAUACUGCUAGAGAGAUUGCCACGAUCUUAGCCAAAUCUCCAAAUAGAGUUGUCUUGGAUAACGAAUCUUUAUUGUUGAACACUUUAAUUGAUGCUAGACUAAAUUCAAAGAGAGACAAAUAA